AGUCUGGCCUCGGCUACAAUCUAGUCUGAUAUGUCGACAGCGUCAUGACUUACCCAUUGUCUAGGGCUAGUUUCACUAUAAAGCACAGUUGAUAUUGUACCUUCUGUUUCGGUUCAGCCGUACAUAUAUUGUUUGUCUCAGGCGUUGCUUAUGUACAGUGUAACAUCUGAUGCGCUCUAUCAGCAAGACGCUCAGCGCUGAGGAACAAUAUAGUUCCUGGUGAAUCAGGUCCCAUCUUUCCCAUCAUGUUCAAAUCCCUCUACAGGCUCUUUCUCGAUCUGACGUGUUGUUCAAGUUCAUACCGGGUUAUCAAUCUACUCAUCGAUCCCACUAUCCACAGCGUCCUACAAGAUUUCCUUUUUUGCCUGGCACUCUUCUGCCCAUCGUUGCUCACUCACUCUUCUUUCGUCCCUUCCAAGUUUCUCACGACGUGCCCAUCAUGAGCUCAGAUUUCGAUCCAUACACACAGAACCUCACCUUCCAUGAGGCCGACGGGACCCCGUUCUUCGUACCCGUGGUAGUUCUGGAUGACUUCUACCAGUACUGCAUCCAGAUCUGCAUCAACUAUGGGGCUCAGUUCGGUGCUUCUGUCAUUAUCUUCAUUGUCCUUCUACUUCUGACUAGACCCGAAAAGCGUGCUUCUUCGGUCUUCUUUCUUAACGGCGGUGCUUUGCUGCUCAAUAUGGCCAGGCUGCUGUGCAAUAUGAUCUACUUCACAACCGGUUUUGUGAAAGCGUAUCCGUUCUUCUCUGGCGAUCAUUCCAGGGUAUCCACUUCCGCAUACGCCAAUUCUAUCCUAGGCGUCGUGUUUACCAGUCUGCUCUUGAUCUGCAUUGAAGCAUCUCUUGUCCUCCAGGUUCAAGUUGUCUGCGCGAAUCUUCAGCGUCGGUAUCGGACUAUGGUUCUCUGCGUGUCGAUCCUGGUCGCUCUUAUCCCUAUCGGUUUCCGUUUGGUGUAUAUGGUUGGGAAUUGCAAGACAAUUGCGAAAGCCGACACUCCACAAUCACUCGUCUGGUUGGAAAGUGCCGCCAGUAUCGUAACCACCAUCAGUGUCUGCUUCUUCUGCGCCAUCUUCAUAACUAAACUUGGGGUCGCCAUCCACCAGCGAAGAAGACUUGGAGUGAGGGACUUCGGGCCGAUGAAAGUGAUAUUUGUUGUUGGGUGCCAGACCAUGAUCGUUCCCGCGAUGCUUUCAAUACUCCACCAUGCGAUCGUAGUCCCCGAACUUAAUUCAAACAUCCUGACCCUGGUCACGAUUUCCCUCCCACUUUCCUCCAUCUGGGCUGGCAUUACCCUGAGCAACUCAUCGUCCAGUGGAACUUCCCCCUCUCGCUGUGCCCUGUGGAGCCGUCUCGCAGUCUCGAACAGCAUGGGGAGCAAUCAAACAUCAUCCACGGACACGGCUAUCGCCAUGUCUUAUCCGAAUAAUAAGUCGAGCACAGUCUGCUAUGCGGAUCAGGGCUCUGCUCGGAGACAGCCUGACCUAGAGCAAGGUAAUGGGAUUUCGGUUGAGCACGGAGUUUCCGUUCAUAGUUAUCAGAGGCUUUGAUGAGUGGAUUCGUUUGGUGUGUGAAGGCCGGUUUCUGGGAUGCGCUGCACAUUCUUAAUUCGCUCUUUAAUAAUCUCUUUCGUGUUUUCAUUUUCCUGCGUUCGCUUCAGCGCUCUAUGGGGGUUUUAACAUAUCAAGAAUAUUGAGAUACAUGAACCGAUUAAUAGUAUAGGUGUAUAUUUCCACGGUAACAUACUAACU